AUCAGAUUACGGAUUGGGGAUUAAGAUUAAAUUAAAUUUGGUUGGCACUGCAGAAUUAGUGCAGUAAGUUGAAGUGAGAGAACAUAUACUCACUCCAACUUAUUGCAUCAUUUCAGCAGUGCAGCUGAAAAGAACAGACCAAAAGAGAAUCAGCUGAUAUCGGUUGCUGAUAAAAUGAAGCAUAAUUUGAUAUCCAGUGAUUAUUGUAUAAAUAUGUUUAUACCUUUUGAAGUAUUUUGCCAUGAUUAAAAGGAGUCAGUUGUAUCUUAAAAAUUUCGAAAUUUUUAGCACAUUUCUUCUGUAUUACUUCGAAAUAUAAUUGGUAAAGUUAGGUUAGGUGAUUUAUAUAUACUUAAGAAGUAUAUACUGAUUUACUAAACAAUCAAGAUGACAUCGAUGUUUGAUCAGUACGAGCAGGCUUCUCAGCGCUCCAAACAAGUGCUUGUACCACCAAUUCGUCCAGAUAUUAGUACAGCAGGCUUUAUUCAGAUGAAGUUGCAAGAUGACAGCCCGAUAUUCACUAAGCAGAAAGUCAACUUUCUUCCAUCCGACAAAAUUCUUCACUUAGUUGUCAGCAACAAUACAAUUGUAAUUGCUAUGGCAAACAAUAUUUUACUGCGCAUUGACAUGAAGCAGCCUGAUAAGACUGAAGAAAUCGACAUAUCCAAGUAUAUGCUGACCAUGAAAAUGUCUGGUUUAUUCCUGGAUCCAUUGGGCCAUCACCUUCUCAUAACAUUAGUGCCAAGAUAUGGAGAUAAUGGUCCUCCUCCUGAAUUGUAUUACUUACAUAGGAAGACAACAAAGCUCAAGCAGGCUAGUAAGUUCAAGGGCCACGAGAUCACUGCUGUCGGCUGGAACUUUUCCAAUACUUUGGACACAAGUUCAGGCUUCAUUUUAUUGGGUACUUCUAAGGGCCUGAUUUUUGAGACAGAAAUUGGAUUGGAGACUGAUAAAAUUUUUAAUACUAGUUUGGAGCAAUAUUGGCGUCAGCUUCCGAAUUAUCUGCCUCUUUAUGGUACAAAAGAGGUGGGAGGACUGGUAUUCGAUAUAGGGAAAAAUAGCAAACCUCCGAUCACUGGAAUAGAAUUUCACAAACUACCAAAUUCUGACAAGUAUAUGAUAAUCGUAACCACUCUUAUGCGCAUUUAUCAAUACAUCGGUGCCAUUGCUAAUACCGAGGAAAAGCCUUUUUUGCAACAAGUGUUCUACAGAUAUCUGAAUGCACAAGAGAGCUUCAGCGAAGUGAUAAGUUCUCUGCCGUAUUCAAAGAUGCAGUUUUAUUAUCCUUCUUUGGGUGCUUUACCAAAGUCAUUCGGAUGGUUGACCGAAACUGGUAUUUUAUAUGCCCAGGUAGAUGCAAAACCUGAAGGAAACAAUGUUCUGAUCAAUCAGCAAAUGCUGACGUGCCCGGAAACAAGUCUCAUGGGCAGCAAUGUGUCGCAAACUAUUUCAGCGCCCUUGUCUUUCGUGUUGACGGAAUUUCAUGCGUUACUGUUGUACCCAGAUCACGUAAAAAGCAUAUCGCUGCUGAGCCAAGAAUUAAUAUUUGAAGAUAUUUACAAUGAUGCAGUCGGCAAAUUGAUUGGCAUCACCAAAGACCCCGCGACGAGAUCAAUUUGGGCUUACAGCGAGCGAGCUGUUUUCAAGUACCGAGUUACAAAAGAAGAUAGGAAUGUUUGGCAGGUGUACGUAGACAAGAAUGAGUUUGAGCUUGCAAAGCAAUACUGUAAGGAUAACCCCGCGCAUGUUGACCAAGUGCUCGUGAAACAAGCGGAAAUGCUUUUCAAGAACAAAGAAUACGAGAAAAGUGCACUGAUAUAUGCGGAUACGCACUCUUCUUUCGAGGAAAUAUCUUUAAAAUUCUUGCAAGAAUGGCAAAUUGAAGCCCUGAAGACGUUUCUGCGCAAGAAACUCGAUGGUUUUAAGACGCAAGAUAAAACACAGAUAACGAUGAUCGUUAUUUGGGUGACGGAAUUAUUCAUGAACCAAAUGGGCACCUUGCGUAGCAGUAACACAUCCUAUCUUCACGAUCCGCAGUACAUAGAACUGCAGAACCAGUUUGACCAGUUUCUCGCUAUUCCCAAAGUCGAGGAGUGCAUCAUGAAAAACCGAAACACGAUAUACGAUUUGAUGGCAAGCCACGGUGACAAAGACAAUCUGAUAAACUUGACAGUAAUGCACCGUAACUAUGAGGAAGUGAUUCGCCAGAACUUGUACAAGAGUGACUAUAUAGGAGCACUUGGGGUACUUAAGAUUCAAAAUAAUAAGAAUCUUUUUUAUCAAUUCGCUGGAAUUUUGCUGCAGGAAUUGCCACGACCCACGGUGGCCGCCUUGAUCUCACAGGGCUCGUUGCUAAAGCCAGUUAAACUUUUACCAGCUUUAGUCUCGUGCAACAGCGAUGAGAAACAUGCAAAAGAAGUCAUAAAAUAUUUGGAAUUCUGCGUGUACAAGCAAGGCUCGCAAGAGCAAGCGAUCCAUAACUUUCUAUUGUCUUUAUAUGCACGUUAUAAACAGGACGAAGUGAUGCGAUAUAUUAGCUCUCAAGGCCAAGAUAUCAGUAUGGUGCACUAUGACGUGCAUUAUGCAUUAAGAUUGUGUCAGGAAGUUAAAUUGAUGGAAGCCUGCGUGCAAUUGUCAGCUUUGCUCGGUUUGUGGACUACUGCUGUGGAUCUCGCGCUUACGAUCAGCGUGGAUCUUGCCAAGCAAAUUGCUGCCAUGCCAUCCGAUCAUGACGACGAAUUGAGGAAGAAACUUUGGUUGAAGAUAGCCGAACAUGUGGUACGAGAAAAGGACGACAUACAGCAAGCAAUGGAAUUUUUGCAACAUUGCGAUCUUGUAAGGAUAGAAGAUAUCCUACCCUUUUUCUCAGAUUUCGUCACAAUCGAUCAUUUCAAGGAAGCUAUUUGUAAUUCUCUGCAGGAGUAUAAUCAGCAUAUACAGGAUCUCAAAGAAGACAUGCAAGAAGCCACAAAAGCAGCGGAACUAAUAAGAAAGGACAUCCAAGUCUUUAGAUCCAGAUGUACCUUCGUACAUGCAAGGGAUGCUUGUAACACAUGCGAGGUGCAAUUAUUAUUGCGACCGUUCUACGUGUUUCCUUGCGGCCAUAAAUUUCACAGUGAUUGUUUAGUGGCGGCAUUGACGCCGAUGUUAUCCAUGGAUCAGAGGACGAAAUUAGCGGAUUUACAACGACAGCUUACGGCGAUUUCGAAUCGGCCCGAAGAUACUACGUCAGUGGCUUCUGCAUCCUUAUCCACAAAGGAUCAGAUCAAAGCAGAUAUUGACGAAUUGAUCGCGUCGGAGUGCCUCUAUUGCGGAGAGCUUAUGAUAGAAUCGAUAGACAAACCAUUCAUUGAGGAAGAAGAUUACGAACGCGUGAUGAAAGAAUGGGCGUGAGAAGGAAACUUCUAUAGAAAAUGUGAUAGAACGUGCUUACUUUCUUGGAAGAAGCCAACUCUCAAAAUUUAUCUUUUGAAGCUUAGCAUACUUUCCAAAAAAUUUUUAUUAUAAUUUUUAUAAAUAUUAUGAAGAAAGAUCAUGGAACAUCGUAUUUUAGAUCUUAAAAUGAAUUUAGCUAUACGAUUAUCAUGUAAUUCUAGUUAUUGUAGUCAUAGUAGAUUUAGUAUUCCAGUACUUGGACUCAUUUAUCUUAUCCCCUUAUAUAUUCUAUAACUUACAACUAUGUCGUUAUCGUUAUAUCGUCGUUGCGCAGAUAUAAUUCCUUGUCCACAACCUUGCUUUAAGAUAUCAGCAGUAAUCACAUUGACCAACCACGAUCUUUUAUUAGAAGAAUAAUUGUGGUUGGUCAAUUUGCUUGCUGCUUACGUCUUAAAGCAAGAUUGUGGACAAUGAGAUAGGCUUUAAGCUAUAAAUACUAAACCAGAAACCAUGUCUUAAUAUAUUAAAUAUCCCUUGUCCACAAUCUUGCUUUAAAGUGUAAGCAGUAAAUAAACCAACUACGAUCGAUUAUUAUUCUAAUAAAGAACUGUGGUUAAUCAA